AUGCCCUGGUUUCUAGCACUAUUACUCAUCCUUUCUACCUAUCCAAUUUUCUUACAUGCAGACUACCCAGUCACAGUCGAUGACCCUAGAAUAAAGUUCAGUCCUCGAAUGUACGGCAGAACUACCGUGGUGGUGAAUGAUACAAUGUACGUCUAUGGUGGCCGAACAAGUUUAGGUGCCAUCUAUACAAACAAUAUGUACCGUUACAAUUUCAAUCAAGACACGGGUAUAGUCAAUAUGUCGAUGGUAGAUCAAAAGAAUGCCGGUCCCAAUUGUUCCUUUUGUGGCGCUGUCAUGAUGGAUGAAACACGCAUGCUAAUUUUGACACAUGACUUUGCUAACGCUACUGAAGAGGAUUCAGAAAAUAUAAUGCAAGUUGUGCGUCCUUUUGUUUUUGAUUUCGAGACUCUAACCUGGUCAAGCAACUCUACCACGCCCAGAUACAAUGCAUCCAUGAACAGCACGUUUACAAUGAGAGCAAAACAUAGCACUGUUUUGGGUGGCGACGGACUGAUCUAUACCAUUGGUGGUGUCAGCUUUUUUAAUGAAAGUAUACGGGAUAAUCCUUCUUGGUACUACGAUAUGAAAAAUGAUUAUUAUGGAAUUAUUCAGCCCAAUUCUGACAGCAUUGAUAUCUUUCCCAUCGGUGGUAAUGCAUUUAAUCUUGCAAAUGGCAAUAUUGGGUCCGUCUUGGGAGGACGCGGUAGUGAUAUAGAAGGAUAUUAUGGGUCACAGUAUAUGUUUGUAUUAAACACCUACAACAAGUCUUGGGAGAUUCCUACCAACAUCACAAAUUACAACGACGACAAUGUAAUUGCCUGUGAGGGUUCCACGAUGCAACUAUCAGCCAAUAAUACAAUUGCGUAUAUUUUUGGUGGAAUCAAGACGGGUAGUAAUAGUAGCGAUUAUAUCUACUCCAGAUUGCGAGUACUCAACAUUAGAAAUUUUACUUGGCUCUCAACGGCUGAGAGAAAUGAUAAUUAUCACGUACAGCCAAGAUCUUAUGCAUCUUCAGCCAUCAUCGGGAACAAGUAUUUCAUAGUGGCAUUUGGUAACUCUCUUCGAAAAAGAUCUGAUUUAAAAGAUGUAAAUAUAUUCGCGUUGCCAAGCAUUAUGCCAAAUGGUAUUGAUCUUGCACCAGAGAAUAAUAAGGAAGUUAUCAUACACUUGCUCAGUUCAAUCCUAAAUAAUGUAAAUUCAAUUUCCCUGCAUCGUGUAAGCACAUCGAUAGUUUUGUUCAUUAUCUUUAUUGUUUUAACAGCCACGGUGUUUGGCUUCAUAAUUGCAUUCGUUGUUAACAGAAAAAGAAUCAAGGACACAAAUAUUCAUCUCCUUCAAGCUAUUUCUAAAAACAUCUGGAAUCGAAGAGCUGGUGAACUGCUUUCUACACAACUUUAUGGGUUUAUAGCCAAAAGCGUCCUCGUUUUGAUCCUGCUUUCAUUCAUAUUGUAUUUCAUGCAUAGUAUCAUCAACAGCUCGGUUUCAUUUACGGAAGAAUCCAUUGAUGUGACCACCAUAACUUUCCCAGGAUGGGCUUACUUAAGUAUAAAUGAUGUCUAUGGUCAAGACUUUCCACAACUAUUUUGUAGCCAUAUUAACGCCCCAGAUGAUGUGGCGUGUGGGAACACGACGAUUCUUGAUAGAACCCUCUUCUCUCCAUCGUUUGUAGAACAAGCAGGAGAUACUCAGUGUCAUUUAUAUGACAGCAUUUCUAAUGUCACUGUUGUAUCUCAAGACAGAGCAGUCCUAAGAUUCUAUCAUAUGGGGUUUGCAUAUCACCUUCAACAAGCCGUCCAUCUUCAGUUCUAUGAACCCCACAAGAAUCCAAAUCGAGUGCUUUUUCGCAAUGAAACAAUACCAGGAUAUGAUGUUAAAUUCAUGGAUGACUGGCUAGCGUCCGAAUCGAAUAGUGGCUCUAAAAGUGAUGAUUUGAGCCGUGUUGUCUCUGUACACCCAGAUUCUACCAUGUACAUUCAAUUCGAAACGGUGUAUACGCAUCAAAUUGACCCUGACAGCUGGUGGAACUUUGUAGGUAUCUUCCCCAAAUAUAUUUACACUUCUGAACUCAGUAUCACUCAUACGGAGCCUAUGAGCCGUGGAACGUAUGCCAAGACAGAGGGACAAGAAGCAGUUGUUCUGGGUGAUAUUGUUAUAUCUCCUAAAACAUUCAGUCAGAGAAUUAUUACAGAAAAAAGAGAUACAACCAUUGUGUCAUCAUUAGGUGUAGUUGGUGGUAUUGUUGGUAUACUAUUAGCCAUUCAAGUAUUUUUAUUUGGAGCAAGACCUCCCAAACCUUGGGGAAUAGUUCACACAACAACCAUCAGAUCCAGCAUAAAGGAUAAAAGACAACGGAUACUUGAAAAAUACUUUUCCGUUCCAGAUGCGCAAAGUGUUCCCUUUGUAACACCAGUGCAUCAACGAUUCUCGUCCAUCUACGAGUUAAACAGCUCAGAUAACCAUCACGAUCACGAAGAGCAGCUAAUAGAAGAAAAUGUGUUGCUCGAUGAUGAAGGCUUAAAACUCGACCAUGACGUGGAUGAAACACUUUCUAAAACACCCAUCUUGGAUGCUGCUAUGGAUAUAAAAGAUACUCUCAAAGAUCUUCAAGAAAGAUUGGGCCAUUUGGAAGGAAGAAACCAAAUGCUCGAAUUGGUUUUAAAAGCGUACUAUAUUGAUGAUCGAAUUUUCCAGGAAUUGCAUAAGCCAUCGUCUAGCGAACCGUCUCGCAAAGACGGCCAACUUUGUAAAAAAUUACAACAGAUUCUCCUCAUCAUCCGUUCGUUUCACCGCUUAGAAAAAGAAAAUUCAACCGGUCCAUUUCACUGCUGCAAAGCUGCAAAUCUGCAAAGCUGCAAAGCUGCAAAGCUGCAAAGCUGCAAAGCUGGAACAAAAGCUGCAAAACUGCAAAGCUGGAACAAAAGCUGCAGAUCUGCAAAGCUGCAAAGCUGGAACAAAAGCUGCAAAGCUGCAAAGCUGCAAAGCUGCAACUUUGAUGGUAUCUGUAUUGUGAUGUCCCAGCUAGGUUGA